AUGACAAAAUGGAUAAUGGCUUGUAUCUCCACUCCAAAGUUUUCAAUUUCUUUAAAUGGAUCCCUCCAUGGCUAUUUCAAAGGGGAGAGGGGACUGAGGCAAGGUGACCUUUUAUCACCUUACUUUUUCAUCUUUGGGAUGGAAUACUUAUCUAGGAGAUUGGAUAAGUUAAAGAAUGAAAAGAAUUUCAAGUAUCAUCCUAGAUGUGGGAAAUUAAAAAUCACCCAUCUUGUCUUUGCGGAUGAUCUACUUUUAUUUGCAAAAGGAGAUAUUCUCUCGGUGCAACAUUUGAAUCAAUGCUUGAAUGAUUUCAGUACUACCACAGGACUUGUAGCCAAUCCUGAGAAGAGUUCAAUAUUCUAUGGAGGUGUAUCUGAUACUGUCAAAACAUCAAUUGGAGACUGUCUGGGUUUUAAAGAAGGGGUAUGGCCAAUCAAAUAUCUUGGAGUUCCUUUGUUAUACAAAAGACUUUCCUAUGUAGACUGCCUCCCUCUCCUCAAUAAGAUUUCUGGUCAAUUUCAGAACUGGAUGAAGUGCAAAACUUUAUCAUAUGCUGGAAGAAUUCAGGUGAUAAAAAGUGUGAUACUUGGAGUUCAAAUCUAUUGGACUUCAAGUUAUAUUUUACCUAUGAAAGUGCUCCAUAAAAUUGAUGAACUCUGCAGAAAUUACUUGUGGGGGAAAAAGGAUCAGUCACUCAAAACUGCACUUGUCUCAUGGGAUAAAAUCUGCUUAUCAAAGGAUCAAGGAGGCCUGGGUAUUUUCUCUGCAGUAAUAUGGAAUAGAGCCUCAGCUUUGAGGAAUUUAUGA